CUCGGCUCUGGCCGCCGCCGCCUCUUGCCUUUACCUGGGGGUACGGACCAGCGACCUCCAAGCCAGGGUGGCGGCCAUCGAAGGGGCCCGAGGGGGUUCCUCCUCCUCCUCCUCUUCCUCCGUCGCCCCGCUGCCCGGCUUUUCCCUGGAGCAGCUGAACGCGAUGAUGCAGGAGAAAGUGGAGCGACUUCUCGCCCAGAAAUCCUACGAGCACUUGGCCAAAAUACGAGUAGCCAGAGAAGCGCCUCCAGAGUGCAACUGCCCACCAGGUCCUCCAGGGAAAAGAGGUAAGCGGGGCAGAAGAGGAGAGACUGGACCUCCUGGUCUACCAGGGCGAAAUGGCUAUCCGGGUCCGAUUGGUAUGGAUGGAAAGCUGGGUCAGCCUGGUCCACAAGGCCCUCCUGGUCCCAAAGGCGAGAAGGGAGAUCAAGGUGAUCAGGGCCCUCGGGGUCUGCCAGGCUUCCCCACAGUCGCUGCUCUGCACAGUAAUCAGAUCCUCACCGUCAAGGGGGACCAAGGACAAGCUGGGCCCCCCGGGCCUCCAGGGCCACCAGGACCCAGAGGUCCCCCAGGAGAUACCGGCAAAGAUGGUCCUCGUGGGAUGCCUGGCAUACCAGGCGAGCCAGGAAAGCCAGGAGAACAAGGACUGACAGGACCUCAGGGGCCUCCAGGACAAAAGGGUUCUGUCGGAGUGCCUGGGGUUCCAGGGAGAGAUGGACAAGUGGGUGAGCCUGGUUUGCCUGGCAUAGCAGGAGAGAAGGGAGCAGCAGGGCUUAAGGGUGACCCUGGAGAAAGAGGAGAAAAGGGUGAUGCUGGAGAAAAUGGACCAAAGGGUGACACAGGAGAAAAGGGUGACCCUGGUUCUUCUGCUGCAGGAAUUAAGGGCGAACCCGGUGAAUCUGGACGGCCUGGACAAAAGGGUGAACCAGGUCUUCCUGGGCUUCCUGGACUCCCUGGGAUAAAGGGUGAACCGGGUUUCAUUGGUCCACAAGGAGAACCUGGGUUGCCAGGGCUGCCAGGAACAAAGGGUGACAGAGGAGAGGCAGGCCCUGUCGGGAAGGGCGAGCGAGGUGAACCUGGAGUUCCUGGACCAAAGGGCGAUACAGGUGACAGAGGUGACACAGGAUCUGCAGGUCCACGGGGACCACCUGGACAGAAGGGUGAUCAAGGUGCAACAGAGAUAAUUGAUUACAAUGGCAAUAUCCGUGAAGCUCUGCAGAGGAUUGCCACCCUGACUGUCACGGGGCCACCAGGACCACCGGGACCCCAAGGGCUGCAAGGGCCAAAGGGUGAACCAGGAUCCCCAGGAACUCCAGGAGUUGAUGGGGAGCAGGGUCUUAAAGGCUCAAAAGGAGAUACAGGUGAUCCUGGAAUGCCUGGAGAAAAGGGAGGAAUCGGACUGCCUGGCCUGCCAGGAGCCAAUGGUAUGAAAGGCGAAAAAGGAGACGUUGGUUUGCCUGGAGCCCAAGGUCCUUCAAUGAUAGGACCACCUGGACCACCAGGGCCACAUGGUCCUCCAGGCCCUAUGGGACCUCAUGGACUGCCUGGCCCAAAGGGUGUAGAUGGCCCAGUUGGUCCCCAUGGCCCUGCAGGUCCUAAAGGAGACAGAGGUGAAAAGGGAACUGUAGGUGAACCUGGACCCAGAGGACCAUACGGCUUGCCUGGGAAAGAUGGAGAGCCUGGCCUUGAUGGUUUCCCUGGUCCUCGAGGAGAAAAGGGUGAUAUAGGAGAAAAGGGAGAAAAGGUGACCACAGUGUUAUUAACUGUUGCUUGAUUCCUCAGCCUAGUCAGUCCUGCUGUCUUUAUGCUAUAAAUUGUCCCAUUAAAACUCAUCUUUGUUUUUACUGUGUGCUAAAAGGCAGGUCACAGGUACAUGCUAAGCAAAAUAAUGAAAAAACACAAAAAUUUAUGCACAGAAUUAAUAGUA